UAACUAUAUACGCACUGAAAUCAAAGUUUUUAUUACAUUUGCAUAUAUGUAUAUAAAAACAUGUAUGUAUGCAUUAUAUUGUUAUUUGGUAGCGAUAAGACUUCAAUGGGAGUGCUAACUAUGACAAAUUUCGAUUAAACGGGCAGUUAUUUUCUAAACCCUGAUAGCAUAAUAUUGUAACUGUACAAACGUACGUGCUUAUUAAACCGGAACAUAAUAAUAUAUAGUAGAAGACGCUUUUUUAUGAAUGUGAUUAAGAUUUGCUUGAAAAUAUAUGCUAUUCUUCAAUAGCUUUUAUAAUUAAGCUGUCCCAACUUGAGAUUUUAUGAAACCUGUUACCACUUUACGCAUACAAGUAUUUAUGGUUAUACAGGUAUACAUAUGUACAUGCAGAAGUAACGUACUAUGAUGAGUAGGUCAGAAAGUGCCAGCGAAUACAUGCAUUUAUUAAAUUUAUGUAAACAUUUUUGUUUUUGUGUAGAAAACACGUUAGCAGAGUUCAGAUAGUCGAGUCGAAUUCCGUUGCGUUGUCGUCUUGAACACGUCGUCAGGCAGAAGACACACAUCAUACUUUCAUAAGGGAGAAAUAUUUGAAAAGUGGCUCUAAAGAAAAUAAAAUAAAAUGCGCCGAAGAAAUAUCAAGUGGAUUAUGAAAGCAGCUUUACUGCUGAUGGUAUCAUUAAUAUUGUUUCUCCUCCUCACCAGCUGGAUAUCUUCGAGUCCAUACCGAAAUAAGCUACCAAUUUUAACGCAAAAACAUGCAGAAAAUUUGCGUGCGCAUAAGAAACACACUGAUGUUGAUUUGAAUCAGUAUAAAGAGCAAGAGAUGGAAGUUCCAAGGCUGCCGCAAUUGGAAAAUGUACUGAAACCUGAUGUGGGACAGCUGCCGAUGGCGGGUGAUCUAAAGAAAGACUGGCAUGAUUAUGCGGCUAUGGAACGUGAUAAGAAACGUGUUGGCCUGGGUGAAAGAGGCGAGCGUGCUGAACUAAAUGACGAAUCACAAAAAGAUUUGGAGCAACGAAUGUCUUUGGAUAAUGGCUUUAAUGCCUUGCUCUCGGACUCCAUUUCGGUUAACCGUUCUCUGCCUGAUAUACGCUAUGAAGGAUGCAAAAAGAAGAAAUACCUUGCAAAGUUGCCCUCAGUAAGCAUCAUAAUUCCAUUCUUCAACGAGCAUUUGGGUGUUCUUAUGCGUUCGGUGCAUAGUCUGGUAAAUCGCUCACCACCAGAGUUGCUAAAAGAAAUAAUUUUAGUAGAUGAUUAUAGUGAACGUGAAUAUUUGUUCACCCAACUCGAACAAUAUGUGGCUGAAAAUUUCCCGAAAGUACAAAUUGUACGUCUGAAAGAGCGUACUGGGCUAAUUGGUGCUAGGAUGGCUGGUGCGCGCAAAGCCACGGCUGAAGUACUUAUAUUUUUGGAUUCUCAUAUUGAGGCAAAUUACAAUUGGCUACCACCACUUUUAGAGCCAAUAGCACAGAACAAAAGAUUUUCGGUUUGUCCAUUCAUCGAUGUAAUUGAUCACAGCGAUUUUCAAUAUAGAUCGCAAGAUGAGGGUGCACGAGGCGCUUUUGAUUGGGAGUUUUAUUACAAACGUUUGCCCUUAUUACCGGAAGACUUGGAGGACAGAACUAAACCAUUUAGGAGUCCAAUUAUGGCCGGAGGACUUUUUGCGAUCUCAAGCGAAUUCUUUUGGGAGUUGGGUGGUUACGACGAAGGCCUUGACAUUUGGGGUGGCGAGCAAUAUGAGUUGAGCUUUAAGAUUUGGAUGUGUGGUGGUGAAUUGUUGGAUGCACCAUGCUCACGUGUUGGGCAUAUUUACAGAGGUCCUCGCAAUUCACAUCCCAGUCCUCGAAAAGGAGAUUAUUUGCAUAGAAACUACAAACGCGUCGCAGAAGUAUGGAUGGAUGAGUAUAAAACAUAUUUAUAUGAUCGUGGUCAAGGGGUUUACGAGGGAAUCGAUGCGGGUGAUUUGAGUAAACAAAAAGCCAUACGUCAAAAACUGAAAUGUAAAUCCUUCAAGUGGUUUAUGGAAAAGGUGGCCUUUGAUUUGCCUAAAAAAUACCCACCUGUAGAACCGCCAGAUUACGCUUAUGGUGCUAUACAAAACAUCGGCGAACCAUCGCUUUGUUUAGACACGUUGAGUAAACCCCGACAUUCCAAAAUCGGUCUCUAUCCAUGCGCACCGAAUUUGCGCAAGCCACAAAAAAAUCAAAAUUGGGCUUUAAGUUGGCACAAAGAUUUGCGUUUACGUUUCAAAACGGAUUGUUUGGAUGUACAGCAGCAACCGCCGGAUGCGCCAGUAUGGCUGUGGGAUUGUCAUGGACAAGGUGGUAAUCAGUUUUGGUAUUAUGAUCGUAAUGAAAAGUGGCUUAUUGCUGGAAGAGGCACUGAUCGUUGUCUUGAAGCUAAACCAAGUCAACGCGAAAUUUAUGUGAAUCACUGCGAUUCAGGUAAUCCAUUUAUGAAAUGGAACUUUGGUAAUAUUAACAAUACAGCAUUGGAUUUGUUUUUCGAACAAGAACCUAAAAACUUAUAGUCAUUCUAAAAUUUACAACUUGCCAUUUUCGUCUAGGAAAUAUAUACAUAUAAAACAAAAUGUUGAGGAGUAGGGAAAGAAUUAAUAAUAUUUCGUAUGUAAGUCAGUCAUAGUUUAAGUAAAAGUUUUAUAUCAAUAGUUUCAGCCAAAUGCAUAUCUAUAUAUAUAUGUGAGAAUAUUGGAAAGUGUAUGUCGUUAUCAUUAAUAUAAUAUGAGCAAUGGAAGGACAGUUUUCUAUGUAAACGUUUUUUUUUCAUUAUUAUCUGUGUGUGCUGAAAUGAAAUUUUUAAAUACAGAUUAAUUCUGUAUUUCGACUUGCUUCAAUUGAAUACAUAUUCAAGAAAAGCUCUGUAAUGAAAGAACUAUUUUUUUAUUCGAACUGUGCAAAUGCUAUUUUACCAAACUUUAAAAGAUGAUAUAUUAUAUUUGUAAUACCAUAAAUUUAAUUAAGUUGUGCUUAUUAUUUGCAAAUAUUGUAAUAUUUUAAUUAAUUAUCGUGCACUUAAAUUUUUAUAGCUAGAUUUCUUUCAUUCUGGUUUACUUUUACUUUAUUACUAUUCUAUUAUGUUUUCAUCAUUUUGCUUUAGUUUGAUUCAAUUUCAGUUAAUUGAUUU